AUGGGCUAUGUGGGGAUCUUUGUGGAUAUUGACAUUCUUACCAAGGACACUGCAGACCGAGGGAAGAGAAAGCUGUGGGUGCACGUCCUGCCCCGAGAUAUGUCCUGCUACAACCGGUGCCUGCCGUGCCUGCCAUGCGGACCCUGUGGCCCGACCCCGCUGGCCAACAGCUGCAAUGAGCCUUGUGUCCAGCAGUGCCAGGACUCCAACGUCUUCAUCCAGCCCUCUCCCGUGGUGGUGACCCUGCCUGGCCCCAUCCUCAGCUCCUUCCCGCAGAACACUGCUGUGGGAUCCUCCACCUCUGCUGCUGUUGGCAGCAUCCUCAGCUCUCAGGGAGUGCCCAUCUCCUCCGGGGGCUUUGGCCUCUCCGGCUUGGGCAGCCGCUUCUGUGGCAGGAGGUGCUUCCCCUGCUAA